AGGGGCUGCUGAUGCCAAUAUCACAAGCAACAACAAUGUCAAAUAUGGACUUGAUUGAUUUAGUACCGACUCCACCCAAACCAUCUAGAUUUAUAAUAGAGGUGUGGCCAAUGGCGUCUGAUGUUGGUGGAUUACUUGGACCACAGAGAAGGCCCAGUUCUAGAUAUCUAAGGUCCAGAUAUGUAGCUACACUGGGCAGCAGUUUGUCUGCAAAAGAUAAAAGUAAUGGCAGUGACAAUGCUUCCAUUGCCUUGGAGCCAUUUGUCCAGAAUGACACUGAAACCGAUGGAGUCCAUGGAACUAGAUAUCGCCAAAUUGUUGACGAAAAUUUCGAAACGGUAUCUUUCGCUGACGUGGAGACAGCCGAGCAAGAAGAAUUCAAAUUUUUGUUGAAAAAGGUACGUCUGUCCUUCCCCUCUCUGCCUGUCUUUAAUGUUUCGUCACCACAGGAGCUGAGUGCAAAGAGGGCGUGCCUCCAUAAAGGACUGUUAUCUAAUAUCAUAUUCUUUACGAUAUUAGUGGUGGGCGUAAUACUGAUGGAGAUAUCAUUUCCAUCUCAAGGGCCGCGUAGUUACAUUAACAAUAAUAAUAAUAAUAGCAAAUGUGAAGAUAAUUUAGGAGUAUGCAUACCUUUACGAAGCUUAAGAUCUUUCGGAUUCUUUGGAUUAGCUAUUGGUAUUAUUAAUUGGUUGUUUAUCGAGUUAUUGUUUAGAAAAGUUUUGUGUGUUUUUGGAAGUGGUUUAAUACAAAAACAUUAUGGAGAGAUUAUCAACGGAUUCAGAGACGUCAUAGUUGACGUUAUAUUCGAUACGGAACAAUUGCAGAGUUUCUUUACAGAGAAAGACGAAAGGAUCAGGAAAAUCUUAAAACUAGAAUCACGCGUGAGUGGAUUGCUUGAUUCUGAUGCUGCACAGAAAGUUAUAGAUAGCAAAAUUGAUAGCAUAUUGGCCAGCCCUCAAGGUAUGCAUCUGCUAAUGAUGAACGUAGAUGAAGAGAAAGUUAGAAGAAUGCUACAAGUCAAUAUUAGGACAUUCAUUGACAAUGUAUCACCAAUGAUUUAUAAACGACUAGUAGCUCCUGGUAUAUCAGAUGCACAAAGCUUAAAAAGUGAAAUAACAUAUAUACUUGAACCAAAAAUAACACAACUAAUGCCCAAAGAUGUCAACAAGAUUGUUGCUGCAAUGAUACACAAACACUUGAGUUGGCUAAUAAUAUGGGGCAACCUGUUUGGAGGACUGGUUGGAUUCGUUAACGAAAUCAUCAUACUUAUUGCAUUACUUAUUGUAAAGGAAUAACAAUAAUAUUAAUUGUUAUAAAUAUUUGUUUAUUUGCUUUUAUUCACUUUCUUUUUUAAUGGA